AUGGCUGCCGCAGAGCAUCCUGUACUAUCAAACGUAACUUUCAUUGAUCCAACACCAUCGCCAGAUGACAUUCCCAAAGUAGACGAAGUUGGAGCGACCUCAGCUCCGUUGAAAUCAGUGGCAUUUUUUAUUGAAGGUAGAAAAGUUACUAGAUGCGCUAUCGACUUAAUUCGCAAGGUGCGUGAACAUUGUGAUCAAGAGUUUGAAGCUCAUUGGCAAUGCUUAGAUAGAAACAACCAAGAAUAUCGACAUUGUAGAGGAUUAGAACGAAAGUUUAAUUCAUGUGUUUUUAAUGCCCUGAAAAAAGUUAUUCCUGGGUCUCCUUCGAACCAACCUCAAAUUCAUCUUAAAGAAAACCCCUUAUAUAAGGAACGUCCACGUUGGUAA